UUGUGCAGGUGACAGAGGUGAUCCUCCACUCCUCUGACGCCUACAGCAAAGCUGUAGGGCACGCCUCCGACCGUUUACCCCCCCCCCCCCUCCCCUCCCCCAGUGACCAGGUGUCCCCCAGCUCGACGUUCUGUAAGGUGUACACCCUCACCCCCACGCUGACCAACAACAGGGAGAAGAGAGGGCUGGCCCUGGACGGCAAGCUGAAGCAUGAGGACACCAACCUGGCCUCCUCCACCAUAGUGAAAGACGUGUCUAAUAAGGAGGUCCUGGGAAUUCUGGUGUCCUACAGAGUCAAGGUCAAACUGGUGGUGUCCCGUGGAGGGGAUGUCUCUGUGGAGCUGCCCUUCGUUCUGAUGCACCCCAAACCCUCGGACCAACCCCCCUCCAGGCCACAGUCAGCUGUUCCAGAAUCAGAUGCCCCAGUGGACACCAACCUGAUAGAGUUUGAGACCAAUAAUUUCUCUCAGGAUGAUGAUUUUGUGUUUGAGGACUUUGCCCGUCUGCGGCUGAAGGGAAUGAAGGAUGACAAGGAUGAGGAUGACCACUUCUGCUAGCUCUCGCUCUCCCUCCCCCAAGACCAGACACCCAACCUGGGCUUGAGGGGCUAAGAGUGUCCGUGGUCUCAACGGCCUACCGCACAUCUCUGUUCUCUCAUCCCUCUUCUUCUCUUCCUCUACUCCCUCCCUCCCCCUCCCUCCUCAUCUCAUGUCCUCAUUUCUUCUCAUCUCUUCUCCUCUCUCCUCUCUCUCCUCCUCUCCUCUCAUCCUCUCCUCUCAUCCUCUCCUCUCUCCUCUCUUCCUCUCCUCUGAUCCUCUCCUCUCAUCCUCUCUUCUCUCUUCCUCUCCUCUCAUCCUCUCCUCUCAUUCUCUCUUCUCUUCCUCUCCUCUCCCUACUCCUCUCUCUCCCUGCCUUCUUUCCCUAAACCCAGGGUGAGAAACAGAUGAAACAGAGAACAAAUGAAUGAAAGAGAAUGAAAAAAGAAAGUGAAAGCGGGGCAGAAGGGAAGGGAGAGAUGGAGAGAUCUGGGGGAAAGAGCCGUCCAACAUCGUUAGGUAUAUAUUCCAUGUUUGGAUCCGUAGAUUCAGGGUUGAUUGUGUGUGUGUGGUCUCAGUGGAGGUGGAGCAGAUGUCGGCUAUGAUGUCAGAACCAUGUUAAAUCUCUCUCUCUCUGCACAACUACUUAUAGGGAACACGAGCAUAGGGUUUAUGCAAUUAUUAUUGUCGUCAUGUUUUUCCUUCUUGAUUAAUGAUGAUUGAUUUGACGAUGGCACUUCUCCCGUAGACCAACACACACACACACACACACAUACACGACUACCUUAUCUAUUAUGUUGUUUAUCUAUUACGGUGUGAAUAGUGACUGUGUCAAUGAAGUACAGUUGUGUUUAGAUACUAUCUUACAGGCAGGGGCGUGUUUCCAUGAACGAGACGCGUGUGUCAGUGGGCUUGCAGCAUGGCGUUGUGGGCUUGUAGAAGGACAGGAUGGACGUGGGUGUACGCACACACACGCUAAUGCCAGGGGAUGGAGCUGUGUGUCAUGGCGCCACCUGGUGUCAGGUAGAGGAAGUGCUGCUCUGUGUGUUGGGUUCAGGGAUAGGACUACUGUAUAUUUGAUGUAGAAGUCGCGAAAUAUAUUGGAUUGUAAGCACAGAUCUGGGGUCAGGUGAGAUGGGAUCCUAGGUCGGUCUGUAAAAGGCAUAGUUUGGUUCUUUGUCUCUCCUACUAUAAGUCUUAUAUAGUUUGGUCUUAUAUAGAGUUAUUUUCCUCUUUGUAAAGUCUAUAAAGAGACACAGAUCUUAGGACAAGAAGCAGGUAGGAGGACGGAAAACAAAUAUAUAUAUAUAUAUUAUUUUUGUUGUUAUAUUUUCCAGAGAUAUACUUAAUUCAAAUGUUACCGUUACUUGUCCUUUUAUGGGUGAAAAACAACAUAGUUGUAUUUUGCGUGGUAAUAAUCAGGUGAUGAUGAUGAGGAUGAAGAUCCUGCUGUAGGCUCGUCUGCUGUAGAGGUGCUGCCACUCAGUCAUGGACGCGGGAAGCCAGUCUUAAUACACAGCUCUCGCUCCAGUCCGUUAAACGAAAGGAAUAGGCCAAACUUACAGGAGGGAAGAUCUGAAUCCAUUUCAGACUGUCGCUUGGCUUGGACUUUCAGAUCGGUUGUCAACUGGUUUAGUCUGAUUUACUAGUUUUUUUUUUCUUUUUCUGUUGGUUCGUUGGGGCACACAGAA